AUGAUGUCAAGCAAUACUGCGAGCAAGAUCGAUGUUCCAUUCCGUGAAGCUGUUGGUGCUUUGAUGCAUCUGACGACUACAACAAGGCCGGACAUCGCCUAUGCUGUGAGCUUUGUGUCGCGCUUCGUGGAGAAUCCCCAAGAAGAACACUGGGUUGCGGUCAAGCGCUUCUUUCGAUACCUGGAGAAUCCCCAAGAAGAACACUGGGUCACGGUCAAGCUCAUUAUUUGA